AUGCCCUCUCGAACAGAUACAAAAGAUGCUGCUGCCGAGACUCCAAACAGCAAUGGAGGAGAUCUUCCAGCAGGAGCUGCUCAUUAUUUUGGGUAUGAGCAACAGAAUGCGUUUUGCGGGAUCUUUCUGUGCACCAAGUGGAUGCCCCUCCCCCUUUCCCGAUAUUACAACUUUACUGGUUCCUUCAGCAUCGCUAGAUCAGAUCCUGGAUCCCAGUCGGAGCUGAUCCCGGUCAGAGAUCGGGUCCUGGAUCCCGGUCAGAGAUCGGGUCCUGGAUCCCAGUCGGAGCUGAUCCCGGUCAGAGAUCGGGUCCUGGAUCCCGGUCAGAGAUCGGGUCCUGGAUCCCAGUCGGAGCUGAUCCCGGUCAGAGAUCGGGUCCUGGAUCCCGGUCAGAGAUCGGGUCCUGGAUCCCAGUCGAAGCUGAUCCCGGUCAGAGAUCGGGUCCUGGAUCCCUGUCAGAGAUCGGGUCCUGGAUCCCAGUCGGAGCUGAUCCUGGUCAGAGCUGAUCCCGGCCGGUGCUCGGUGAUUGUCCCAGACCCAGUGGUGGAGGCGAGAGAUUUUCUUUCAAUCCCUCCCUGUGUCUUUCCUGCUGUUCUGUUCUCUUUCGUUAUCGCGAACAUUAUCAUCUCUUUUUGUGUUUCUCUCUUUCAGCUUUUCAGGGAAGUGCGGAUAAUGAAGUGUUUGAACCACCCGAAUAUUGUGAAGUUAUUCGAGGUGAUAGAGACAGAGAAAACCCUCUACUUGAUCAUGGAGUACGCAAGCGGAGGUGAAGUGUUUGACUACCUCGUGUCACAUGGGCGGAUGAAGGAGAAGGAAGCCAGAGCCAAGUUCCGCCAGAUUGUCUCUGCUGUACAGUACUGUCACCAGAGGAACAUUGUCCACCGGGAUCUAAAGGAGCUGAGGGAGCGAGUGUUGAGGGGGAAAUAUCGAGUGCCCUUCUACAUGUCCACGGACUGUGAAAACAUCCUGAAACGCUUCCUUGUCCUCAACCCAGCCAAGCGAGGAACCCUGGAGCAAAUCAUGAAGGACAAGUGGAUAAACGUCGGGUGUGAUGGUGAGGAACUCCGACCGUACGUGGAGCCAGAGCAGGACCUGGGCGACAACAAACGCAUAGAAGUGAUGAUCGGAAUGGGAUACACGAGGGAGGAGAUUAAAGAAGCCCUGAGCAGGCACAUGUACAACGAAGUCACUGGCACCUACCUUCUGUUGGGCAGGAACAAAAGCGAGAUGGACAGCACCGACUCACAUUCGGGCAGCAGCCUCUCGCUGGCCAAGGUGCGGCCGAGCAACGAACUAAACACCAGCACCGUGAGCCAGAGCUCGACGCACAGCAGGAGCCAACGCAGCUCAUCCACCUACCACCGGCAGCGCCGCCACAGUGACUUCAGUGGACCGGCCGCCCUCCCCUCUCACACCAAGCGGAGUCAGACGAGUGCGGCCGCAGCGGCGGCGGUGGUGGACGGUGAGCUGAAGGAGGAGCGCACUCCGUCCCGGAAAGGAGCGUCCAGCGGCCGGGCUGGUGUCCCUCCGUCCAGCCCCAUGGUCAGCAACGCCAGCAACCCCAACAAGGCCGAGAUCCCGGACCGCAGGAAGGUGACCGGCCCUGCCAACAACAAUAUCCCAGCCAGUGCCAUGAGCAGGAGGAACACAUACGUCUGCACUGACCGGACUCCCAAUGACAGGCAGUCCCUCCUUCAGAACGGGAAGGAGAACAGAUAUUCAAACAUGAACAGUCAAGGACGACCCAGGGUUCAAAUCCUUCCUCCAUAUCCCAGGGGAAUGACUGUUGGCACUGGUCGGCUCCGAUAUCUCAGGGGGACGGUCGGAUUGGUGGAUAUUCAGCUGCAGAGACCAAGACGCCUGACUGUAUUUGCCAACUAA